AUGCAUAGAUGGUAUGGAGCAAAUGAAUUUGCUUCAGCGAAUCCGACCCUUAAUAAAGAGAACUUCAAUGGAUGGAGAGAUUUUAAGUGAACAGAAGAUAGAGAGUUUUCUAUUGUUUGUAUUUUUUCCCUACUAUUUACAAUAAAUUGUCUAUAUCUUCUCAAUUUAUUUUAUACUCCAUUUAUUUUUAUAAUUUAUAAUCCCAAGCACUAA